CAUACAUAUUCUCUUUUGUUCUAUCGCGUUCAUUGCCUUACAAAAUGCCGUUCAGCAAGACUUUUCAUGGUUUUAUUGAAAGCACAAACGAUAUAUUGGUCAUUAUCGAGGGCUGUAGGGCUGGAAAACUGCCUAUGGUGAAUCGCAGAUUGAUUCAGAAAGAGAGACAUGCAAUUAAAUCAGGGACAAUUAUUGUAUUUGAUGAAACUGAAACAGGAAUCAAAAGAUGGACAGACGGAUUUUUAUGGAGUCCUUCACGCAUACUCGGUAACUUUUUGAUUUACAGAGAGUUGGAAAGUCGAGAAGCAAGGAAAAUUGAUAACGAUUAUCAACACUGUUUUGAUACUCAACAAGAACAACAACAACAACAACAACAACAGCCCUACUUGCCAAACAAUGAGGAUGCCGAGUUAACAACAACCAAUAAAGAACACAGGGCCACUUUUCUUGACCGCAAUGCAAAUAGUAGCGUUCUGUUAGCAGAGACAUUGUCCUCACUGUCGUCACCAAUGAAAUAUAGCACAGCUGGUAGUGGUUGCGGUCCUGAAAGUAGUGAUGGUAGUAAUAAGAAUAGUAGUAGUAGUAGUAGUGAUGCUGGUUUAGUUGAAAUUCAGCAGAGAGAAAGAGCGUUGGUGGGGUCAUUAACAACAGCAAAUACCUCUUAUAACUUCAAAAAGAAUGGUCUUAUCAAGAAAACCAUCAGGCUGAUGGUCAAUGGAAACCAAUUACACGUUGUCAACUACUACUCUAAAGACGAUGCUUUGCAUAAUUUGCUUCCUCUACCAUCAAACGAUCCUCAACUAUCUCAAUUGCGGAUAUCCAGUGAUUUAUUGAUAUACUUGAACAAAGAUCUGAAUCUCUACAAUCAGCGAGAUAAAUCACAAAUAGAUCACUCAAAAUCAUUAGGAAUUACUCGAAAACAUGACAACCUUGCAGAAGAAGAAGACCUAGAAACACUACAUCGUAUUCGUGUAUCAAAGGAUACAAAGGACGAAGACGAGAAUCAUAGCACCGCUGCUUACGGAAAGACGGCUACUGAAAACGAUGGCCGUUUACAGCAGAAAGCAGUGAAACGUACAAAAGUACUUACUCCAAACAAUACACCUUAUCCAUACCCUAUACCCUAUACCGCAAACAAUGCACUGGCAGCCGGUCAGCAUCAAUUACUCCCUCCUUCAAUGAAUCUUGACCAACAGCAAGCAUUUUAUCAGUAUUCAACUGUGAAUCCGAAUAAUACAACAUACAACACGGCGAGCGGCAUUGUGCUAGAUCCAUCGUACCAUUACAAAACGCCUUUCACUGAACUACCUCCUCUCUUUCGUAAUGGGCAUGUUACGACAAAGAGUCAUGUUUCAGUAGCAACGCAAAACAAGCCAGUACUACAGGCACAUCCACAACAAAACGCUCUGGAUAAGUUGACCGAUGCUACUCCAAUAUAUGACGACGAUUGGAGUAGAGGAUACACAAAAUUGGUUUUGCAUAAAUCAGACCCUCCUUUAUCCCGUUCACCUUCCCCUCUUUCAUCCCGGUCUACUAUGAUACCAGCGAUAUCAAAAGACUUUUCCGGUCAUAAUAGCAAUAGUAGUUAUAGCAAUACUUCUUCCGAGCCUAUGGAGGGUGGCGACAAUUUAUUGGAAAAUGAGUAUGAAGCACAGCAGCAGCAGCAUCCACAUUAUUCCUAUCCCUCACUGUGCUACCCCUGGAGCUAUAGGUAUCAAUAAUGCUCAUGUGUAUCAGAUAUCCCUCUCCCCCAAGUCCUUAAAAGUACAACAACAGCUCACAGCAGUUAUGAAGUAGGAGCCCAGCAUUAUUCAACAGCAUCGCUCAAUUUGAAUUCAUUCAAUGGAUAAGGCAAACAAUCUGCGUGCAGUGGCUCAUUUAUGGUCAAAAGAAAAAAAAAAAAAGUUAUCAUAAUAAACCUAUCCGCAUGAGUUCUGUUACAGUUGUGAACAGUACAUUUGAUUACUUUGAGAAAGAUGAAUGCUACUCUUUCCAAAAAGUAGAUGCCACUUCUUUCCAAAGAAAAUAAAUAUCACUUUCCCAAUUUCUGUUCCUCUUUCUUGCCUUUAAGCACUUCAACUGACGUCCCUCCCCCAUUAUUUGUCAUAUUGCCA